AUGCGGGAAAUUAAUGUAUUUGCUCAAUCUUAUCAAAUGAUGGGUGAGGAAUUAGAAAAUCAACGGCGUUUAGAAAUGGAAUCUGGUGAAUUAUUACCGGAAUUACAAUUAUUAUUUACUUUAAGACCAGGUAUGGAUCGACGUCAAUAUAAUGCUCAAAGAACUAAUGAAGUAGCUGCUGUUUUUUAUACAACUGCUGAUGGAGAAAUUCCAGAGUCAUACGUUACAAUACGUAAUAGAAAUACUAAAAUUUUACAAAAAGUUAGUAAUAUGGAUCCAAAUGUUCAACCAUGGAUAUAUCCAUUAUUUUAUCCAUAUGGCACUCAAGGAUGGCAUCGUUAUUUAACAAAAUUAAAUAGUGAUAGACGAAUAACUAGAGGACAGUAUAUUAAAUAUCGUAUGGAUUCAAAUGAAGCGAUAGAUCAUCGUCUUAAUCAAAAUUCAUAUUUAGAUUUUGAAAUUGUACAAAAUCUGGAACAUAUAAUGCGGGAAAUUAAUGUAUUUGCUCAAUCUUAUCAAAUGAUGGGUGAGGAAUUAGAAAAUCAACGGCGUUUAGAAAUGGAAUCUGGUGAAUUAUUACCGGAAUUACAAUUAUUAUUUACUUUAAAGCCAGGUAUGGAUAGACGUCGAUAUAAUGCUCAGAGAACUAAUGAAGUAGCUGCUGUUUUUUAUACAACUGCUGAUGGAGAAAUUCCAGAAUCAUACGUUACAAUACGUAAUAGAAAUACUAAAAUUUUACAAAAAGUUAGUAUUAUGGAUCCAAAUGUUGAACCAUGGAUAUAUCUAUUAUUUUAUCCAUAUGGCACUCAAGGAUGGCAUCGUUAUUUAACAAAAUUAAAUAGUGAUAGACGAAUAACUAGAGGACAGUAUAUUAAAUAUCGUAUGGGUAUUCGGGAUGAAUUUAAUGUUUUUUUAUUAGGACGUCGCUUAUUUCAGCAGUGGCUGGUAGAUGGUUAUGUAAAAAUUGAAAAAGAUAGAAUUGAUUAUUGCAAAAAUCAUCAAAUAGAAUUACAUACUGAAACAUAUCAAGGUUUAAAAGAUUAUAUACAAACUAUGGCGAAUAAUUUAAAUGGACGUAUUGGAAAAAUGGUUGUACUUUCUUCCACAUUUAUUGGAUCGCUGCGUAAUAUGUUACAAAAUUAUCAAGAUACAAUGGCAAUUGUUAGUAAAUUUGGUAAGCCAGAUCUUUUCAUUACCAAGACUUGCAAUCCAAAAUGGCGUGAAAUCGAGGAAAAUCUCUUGCCUGGUCAACAAGCUUCUGAUAGACCUGUCAUUUGUGCUCGUGUUUUUAAUAUUAAAAAAGAUUAUUUAAUUGAUUUAAUUGUUAAGCAAAAAUUCUUUGGUGAAGUAGCAGCGUUUGUGUAUGUUAUUGAAUUUCAAAAACGUGGUUUGCCACAUGUUUAUAUGUUGAUCACUUUAAAAUACAAUUUUAAAAUAACAACUCCAAAGAUUGUUGAUAAAAACAUUUCUGCUGAAAUUCCAGAUCCAUGUGAAAAUCGUAUUUUACAUGAUAUAAUUAUGAAACAUAUGAUUCAUGGAUCUUGUAGCGAUUGGUGUUUG